GUUUUUGGAGACGUCUAAGGCAAUAGGCUAAAACAAAACAAAGUGCGUGUUUGCAGGAGGACGUCUCGAGGUUGCAGGGCGCUAAACCCCGGCUGGUCAAAACUCACUCAUUUAAAUAUCAUUGCCGUAUCAAGAAUAACCACCCGCUUAACUGCUCCAUCACGAGCUACAGGGAACAGGUUGCCUGGGAAACGGCCGCAUGGCAACAGGAUCAGAGCCGGGGGGUUGUCUGCUGCUAGCUCUGCUCCCGUUUCCCAUUUCCUCACUAGAUGGUGUGCAAGCCACUGGAGAGUCGACUUCCUUACGCGGUCAGGCUCCGAUCAAAACAAAUCUGGGAAACUACACGGAACGCCGUUUCUCGGGGUUUUCGCGGAGGAUUAUUGUAUUGUCAUCCAGAUAUUUUUCUUUCUGAUAACGGCGCGGAUCGUGCUCCAUUCGGCGGUGAUGGACAUAAUGAUUGCAGUGCAGGAUGCGUGCGUCUCCGGUCAGUGGCUCACCGCUAUAAUUCUUAGUCUUUGCUGCUUUUUACCAUCGUGUUUGCCCGCUGGACAAACUGUGGACUAUGCGUCCAGCGAGAGUGUGGUCAGCAGACAGGGAGACACCGCGCUGCUCAGAUGCUACCUGUUGGAUGGGAUUUCAAAAGGAGCAUGGUUGAAUCGUUCCAGUAUCAUUUACGCAGGGAACGACAAGUGGUCAGGGGAUCCUCGCGUCUCCAUCGUAUCAAAUGUGGGGGAUAAACAUGAAUACAGCUUACAGAUACAGAAAGUGGAUGUAACGGACGAGGGCUUGUACACCUGCUCGAUACAGAGUGAACGUAACCUACGCCCAAAACUCAUUCAGUUAAUUGUAAAAGUUCCUCCUAAAAUCUAUGACAUUUCAUCGGACAUUGCGAUAAACGAAGGCAACAAUGUUUCACUCAUCUGCUCAGCCAGUGGGAAACCAGAGCCCAAAAUCUCUUGGAAACACAUCUCCCCAUCAGCCAAGAAGUACGAAAGCGGGGAGUAUUUAAAUAUCACAGGCAUCACUCGGGAUCAAGCAGGGGACUAUGAGUGUGCCGCCGAAAAUGACAUUGCUUCACCCGACACCAAGACCGUGAGAGUAACAGUCAACUUUCCUCCAGCAAUCCAUGAGAUGAGAAGUCACGGGGUCCGACCCGGUCAGAUUGCCCUGCUGAGAUGUGAGGCAGCAGCUGUCCCCUCUCCAGUCUUUGAGUGGUACAAGGGAGAGAAAAGGAUUAACAUGGGCCAAGGAAUAGACAUCAAGAACCUCAGCUCCAGAUCAGUUCUCACAGUCAAGAACAUGACACAGGAUCGCUAUGGCAACUACACCUGUGUGGCCGUCAACAGGUUGGGAACAGCCAACGCCAGUGUGCCUCUGAUUCCAAUUAUUGAAUCCACAACAACUAGUGCUGUCUCAAGUCCAGCACCCAACACCGCUCCGUAUGGAAGUACAGGAGGCGCUGAAGUCCUGCUGGCCUGCCGGUACCUGAUCCUGGCUCUCUCUUCUCUCGUCAGCGUUUACUAGUCCUGGGGAUGGCCAUACACAAUGACUGUAAAGAACCCUUUUGAGCAUUUACAGAUCCUUUGACAUUGCUGAUGGCUGGAUCCAAUCUGGUACAGUGUGUUUGGAAAGCAGCGAGGGAUUUUAAUCAGCAUUGCUUAUGUUGGGAUGGUAAUUUUCUUCUGUGGUGUUUGUCAUCAUGUAAAUACAUACGGUUUUAGGGGGGUGGUUUUCUUUCUCUUGUCUUAUUUUCUAUUCUUUUCUUAUUUUCUUUUUCCUGAGUUCCCACUUUGUGAAUCAGCACACAUUGUCCCCUUCAAACGCUCACAAAUUAGCCGAAAUCACGCUUUGGAAAAGUACGGGUGUGUGACGUUAGUGUCUUUGUUAUUGAAAAAGGAAAGACGCCCUAGUGUGCCACCUUGCUCUCCAUCAUUCACAUACCCACUAAAUGUUUAAAUAGUAAGUUUUUUGCCGAGCUCAUUUAAAUCCAGUGAACCAAGAAACACUGUUUAAGAUUUUACAAAGGGAGAGAUAUUGAAAUUGAUAUCAAAAGUAAUACAGUCAAAGGCGAAGCGAACAAUUGAAGAGCAGCUUUAGUUUAAUACGCUAAUGCACAUGGUUUUCCAUUGACUGUGAAAUAUGAUUAUUAAUUUUCUUGACCAAAACUACAGCCAUACCUCAAUGGUUUAGACCUCUGAAAAAAAAAAAAUGUUAAAAAAAAUUUAAACCUAGAUUGCACUGGAGAUUCAAAUAUGUAAUCAUAUGAGAUACAUUUGCCUCUUAUAAAGCUGUUUGUAAGCCUAAUUUUAAAAUUAAAAUGAGCCUUUUCUGGUGGUCAAAAGGUUAUAAAACAGCAAAGCAGAGUUACAGAGAAAUGUGAAAAAGCAAUCGAGAAAUUGUCUGUGUUGCAUGUGAUGUUAUAUAUAUUAAGAUAUCAAAUAAAAAUAGCACAUAAAAGAUAUUCUUUAGUUGGCAGUAUGCAAAAUAUUGUAACAGGCCAAUCCAAAGUAAAAAGUGGGGAAAAAGUAGGUCAUAUUUGAUGUGCACUUUGAUUAAAUGAGGAAAUUACGAACAGUGUCUAAUGGAACUUAUCUGACGAUCAUUCAAAUCAUUAUUAGCUUUUUUUUCUUUCAUUUUAUGGAGUAUGUUUUAUGGUUGUAAUCAUUUGAACUGGAUUUUUAUAAUGUAUUAACAUAUUACCUGCUUUGCUUCUGUAAGUGUGAAAUAGUUUUGAAUAGGGAAGCAGAAAAAAACAGAAUAUGCACUUCCCUUGUGGGGACAAUAUGAAACUUUCAAGUGUGGAUCCAAACAUGUGAAUGAAUAUUAUUUCAAAAUACGUAUGCAGUAUGGCAUAGUUUACAAUGUUGUCUUUCAUUUUAGAUGCCACAACUGUUGUUGAUUCUUGUCAAACGAGUAGAAGUUGGAAAAAAGAACCGUUUGUAAUCAAAUAAUCUACUUUUAACUCAGAGGGUGUGAACCAGUCAUACGGUAUAAUAGAAAACGAGUCACGUGUGUGUAUAUUCGAAGAAAGUAGAAUUCAUUUUAUCUUAUUGGUAGAGCCAGUGUCUAGGUUUAGUUUAACCUCUACCCUAGUUCCCACACAAUUGUUGUAUACUAAGAUGUGCAGAAAUUAUAAAUGUGCUGCAUGUCGAAUUAAUAUGUAUGUUAAGGUGGCCACUUACCAUAAAUCGAUAAUUUGAGAACAAAACCAGUUUCGAGGCUGCUUUGACUUAAUGAAAUGUGUUCUACACUACUGAACAUCACUAGGCCUGUCUGUUGAGCUAUGAUGAAAUGUUCUUUUCAUGUGAAAGUCAUCACAGAAUCAUUUCUGCUCAGUGUGCAAUACUGGGUCCUCUCCUAUGGACUGUGCUAUUCGGAACGUGUGGCGAAUUACUUUUUUUUAAUUUAUUAUUUCUUGCGCAAAGUACAUUUUCAAUGACAGGAAGUGUCGGAAUAUUUCACUUACAACGGAUAUGUUCUGAUGAAGAAUCAUAUAGGUCUCACCGAUAUCUCCCUUUGCUUAUUACAGACCUAAAAGCCUCAAAGAUCAAAACGAGAGCUGUUAAAUAUUCAUCGCUGCGAAGGCCUGGCUCUCGCCGUUGUGAAAUAAAAAGUAACAUUGAACUUGCUUAUCAUUGCCACAAAGAUCCAUAAUCGCAGAUUAAAACCAAGAGCUUUGACAGUUACAGUAAAUACGCUCCAUUUCAAUAUUCUGACUCCACUCUAGAAGCAAGUACUGUAUAAAAUGUGCCUUUAAAAGUAUUAAUUGAUAUGAUCUGUUGCCAUACCAUGUCAAGUGGCAUGUGUAAGCCUCAUGCAUUUGCCAUUCAUAGCUAUUAUACAAGACGAAUCAGUGUUGUGCAGUAUUUCUGGCUUCUUUCAGUCUAAUAGAUGAUAAAAGGGGCAUUAAAAAACUAUACGUCUGCCAAUUUUGAGUUCUGUAAAGAAAUAAAAGCAGCACAUGCUCUUUAAAUAAAUAUUGUGAAUGAUACCUUAACAAAGAGCUCAUUAAAGCAUCAUUAAAACUGCGUAAAUGGGUAUCAAGAUAAAAAAAGCAGACAAGAGCAUCCAUGCAUGCAUAAUUCUCCUGAAAGUUACAGCCUUUCAAAAGAGUCGGUAAAUAACUGGCAAAUGUGCUGCAAAUUUUCACUCCGAGCAUCUAAUGACUUGAUGAUCACAUUCCUGGACAUGCAUUAAUAUUCAAUGACGUGUUUCGAAAUUUCUCACGUCAGCCAAGCGACAGAUAUACAGAACUUGUGUGGUGCCAGUGGUCAAGAAAACCCAAAAGGCCAAUUCUAUUUUCGAAUGGGUUCAAAUUACUGCAAGCAGCACAGUAUGUUGUGGCCCGAGGAGACCCCUUGGGUUCCAACACCUUCCCAGAGUCGUCGCCGUGUGCUAUGAGCUAGCAAUUAAGUUUUUUUUUUUUUCUCGAAAUCCUAUGAGCACAUAUCCAUACAAAAAAAGGUGGAUGUGUAACCACACGUGUACAGUCCGAAAAAACCCAAACAUUUCAGAUACUUCAUCUCCUAUCUCGAGCGAGGCUUCUGGCGAGACAGAAUGAGGGUGGGAGGCGGUAUUUCAAUGAUUAAAAACCUGUCAGCUCCAUCUCUGUAUUGGCCGGACUCUUUUGAAAGUCGGUUUGAGAGUGCUGUGUGUGCGGCCAGGGGAGGUGAUUCUUCUGACCUGGCAGUUAAUAAAAUUCUUCCUGUGCCUUUGUCAGUUUCUGGAGGAUGAUUCUGUGGAGUGCUGGAGGGUGCUGCAUUAACCAGCUGUGAGCGCUCACUCUCUCAGCAGCACUCUGGCAGGGCUGACAGUAAUCUACAUAAACCUCUGUCCUUUUCAAAACGUUUGCCAGUAAUUGCAGUUUUGCAGUAUUCUAAUUGACUCCACGGAGCACUGUAAAGAACAAAAACCUGUAAUCCUUCGCGAAGCCCAUUUGGUUUGCGGCUGUUGUGUUAAAGCUUCGAAUGAUACGAAACUGAUGAUACAUGAAGCGGCCGCCAUGACUGUACCUAGAAACAUGCAUAGGAAAAAUAUUUGUCUGGAUAAUAAAGUAGCUGCCCAAAUGAGAAUGAGUGAAUUCCAAAGCUUUUUUUUUGUUCCUCGCCAUCAAGUGUUUGUCGGCCCCCUCGCUCAUUAUUUUCACUGAGCUGGAAAAUAAGUUAGCCAAGCACUGAUGCAGUGGUUUUGAUAAUGCUAAGGAUUUAGCAGAGCCCUCUUUCGCUGAGCUCUGUUUGAAACCUCCGAUUGCGUCUUAUCAGGAGAAAUGUUUUUAUGUGAAAAGCAAGGGAUCAAUUUAAGUACGCAAGUCCAGCAUUUUUCGAAAAACACACCGUUCUCUUUUAUUUACCGUUAUGUCUCAUUAGCUGUUGGUUGGCCUGGUAAUUGUUGCUAGCUGUUUUGAAUGGCAUGGGCUAUUUGUGUUGGCACUGUUCAUAUCUUAAGCAGUUAUUUUGUGAAGUGGAAUAAGCCCACCAGUGAAACCACCCGUCUGCUACUGAGUAAUUGAGCACAGAGGACACCCGCCAGAACGAUCCAAGUUUACACUAAUGCUUUUGGGAAACAUUUGGUGAGCUUCGGUUACUUUUGUAUAUACAUGUUUAUUUGAUUUCAGUACCUUUUAUUUUGUUUUGUUCAAUUUGGUGACUAAGUAAAAUGGACAUUGUAACCAUAUUGGGAUGGCUGUACUUUUAUUUCCUCAACUCUAGAAGCUGAAAUUUCUGUGAUGAGAAAUUUGAAAUGGUCAUCUUUACUUACAUGUGUAUGGAGAAACUUUAGCCACCAGGGAUAUAGUUGUAUAUUUUAGGCUCUAGAUCACUGGAAUGACAUAUAUGGCUUUAAGUGGCAUUGAUAUAUAUUGAUAUUGUCAAGAAAAAAAAAAAAGAACCAUAUACUUUAAUUACUUUAAAAGCUUACAUUGUGUAUAGCACGUAUGCAAGUUCAUUUUCAUCAUGUUUGAUGUAAUUUUGUAGCAGUGGUUUGAUACUAAUAAAGUUGGAAGUUGGUGAUGGAACUGUGAAAUGUGCUUUACAUGAUACUUAAUGAAAUGUUAUUAUUUUAAAAUGCUGUACCUGCAUAUGAUAUAAUUCAGCAAGAACGCGAGAUGGUGUGUUUUAUUGCAUUUAAAAUAAAUAUGAAUAUAUUUCAAUUAAUUUCCAGUAGUUAAGACUACGUACUCCUAUGUCGGAAUACUACUUCCCACGUAAGUGUAUAAUGUUGCACUGUAAUAAAAUUAAAACGUUUGUUAGUUAA